AUGGCUGCACCAAUCAAAGUUGUUGUAACAGGGGCUGCUGGUCAGAUCGCAUACUCUUUACUAUACCAAGUCGCUUCUGGAGCUGUUUUUGGUCCUGAACAACCUGUAUUCCUUCACCUUCUUGAUAUUGCUCCCAUGAUGGGAGUUCUCGAAGGUGUUGUUAUGGAACUUGCUGACUGCGCUCUGCCAUUAUUAGCUGGUGUUUUACCCACUGCCAACCCUGAAGAAGCAUUUAAGGAUGUAGCUGCUGCUUUUCUAGUUGGCGCUAUGCCAAGAAGGGAAGGCAUGGAAAGGAAAGACCUUCUUUCUGCUAAUGUACGCAUUUUCAAAGAACAAGGUCAAGCUUUGGAUAAAGUUGCUCGAAAGGACGUCAAAGUUCUUGUUGUCGGCAACCCAGCUAAUACUAAUGCUUUGAUCUGCUCUAAAUAUGCCCCGUCCAUCCCAAAAGAGAAUUUCACUGCUAUGACUCGUCUCGAUCAGAAUCGUGCUCAAUCUCAAUUAGCAGCUAAGCUUGGUGUACCAGUACAAGAUGUUAAGAAUGUUAUUAUCUGGGGUAACCACUCAUCAACCCAAUUCCCUGAUGCCUCAAACGCCAAAGUCAGGAUUGGUGGUGUUGAAAAGUCUGUACCAGAAGCUAUUAACAAUGAUGCUUUCUUAAAAACUGAUUUCGUGUCCACUGUACAAAAACGAGGUGCGGCAGUUAUAGCAGCUAGAAAGAUGUCAUCGGCUUUGUCAGCGGCAAAGGCAGCUUCUGAUCACAUGAGAGAUUGGUUCUUGGGAACCGGCGAUCGUUGGGUCAGUAUGGGAGUGGUCUCUGAUGGUUCUUACGGUGUUCCUAAAGACGUUGUAUAUUCCUUCCCCGUCACUGUCUCUAAUGGAAAAUGGAAAAUUGUUGAAGGUUUAACAAUCUCUGAUUUCGCACGGGAAAAAUUAGAUAUCACCGGCAAGGAAUUAGUUGAAGAGAAACAGGAUGCUUUGGAUGUGUGCAAAGAUUAA